GUUUGAAGAGAUCUCUUAUAUAUUUUAGUAUUAUAUAUUAUCAGAUUCACAGAAGAAGAAGCAGCUAAGUAAGAAGGUUUUGAAAGUUCAAAGUUGGUGAACAAGUCAAUAAGUAUAUUGAAGCAAAAAAAGAUGAACUAUUAUGGUGAAUAUGGUUCGAACGAUGGAUCAUCGUCUGCGGGUGGAUCGUCAUCACGAAAAGGAAAAAAGAGCGGUGCAGAUAAGCCGAAGCAGCCCCAAAGAGGUCUUGGUGUUGCUCAGUUAGAGAAGAUUAGAAUCCAUAGCCAAAUGGGCUUGCUUCCACAGGAGGAUAUAAGGAUUCAAACAGCAUAUUCAUCAUCAUCUUCCUUCUCAUAUACUUCACCAUCUACUGCCUCAUUCAAUACUUUGCAAGGACACCAUUCCCACAUGAUGGGUACUGGUGAACUUGAAAGAACAAACUAUGUAUAUGGUGAAUCACAAUUUGCUAGCAGCAAUCCAAGAUGGGAUGCAAGCUAUGCACAACCUGCAGGCAUAAGUGGACACUUUAUUAGCCCAGAAUUAGUAGAGAAUUCAUUGAGGAAGAAGAUAAGGAAAGACCAACAUGAUUCAGGCAGUCAGAAUUCAGAUUCAAAUGGUAGCCAAGAAUUAGACUUGGAGCUAAGACUUUCUCUUUGAUUCAACAGAUCUCUCUAUCGAUCGUGUGAUCGAUUACUUGUUGUAAUUGCAACUUCUUGUGAUCUUACUUAUGAUUUGAGUUGGAAAAAAAUUUGUAUAACUCACUGGAAAUUCUCGAAGUAAAGAAGCAAGAAAGCAUUAUUUCUUGAGCCCU